UUGUCAAAUGUCACACAUAGAAAUCUGUGAAACUUCCUGGUCUUUUCCUCGUAAAUUCUGUUUUACUCUAGCGAGUUGACAGAUGUAAAUAAGAAGGUACCAAGGCGUGUCUAUCAGAGUUAACUCGACACUAAAAGACACAUGAUAUCUCUGCCAUUGUACUUUGUAAAGUCUUGCAACAUGUUGUCCUCACUGAUUCCAACCUUGGUGGUCAUCCUACACUGUGGUGCAUUACAUGUGAAGCAGGACCUGGACUUGGAGCAAACACUCUUCACGCUCUCCAGAAAUGUCUCUGUUCCCACGUUCGACGAUUCCGUCUUCUGUUUUGAGGACAAGUGCAAGUGUAUCGACGAAGAAGCCGACUGUUCACAGAAUUACGGAGCGCUGACAUUUGUUCCUAAACUCCCGGAAUAUAUACGAUUCUUAAAUUUUACCUACAACAACCUUACAACCAUUGACAAUGCAGACUUCUUCUAUAAUGUUACCUACAUUAAGUCCCUUGACCUCGGGGAUAACGGACUGCGCUACAUCCACCCGCAAGCGUUUCGUCCUCUGAUUACGACAUUACAACAGUUAUUUCUAGACAACAAUGUCCACCUUGACUACCAGGCUCUACAGUCUGUUUUGUUUGUCAAGACCCUACAGAGGUUGGACGUUAUUCACGCAUCAUUGGGACCUCUACCCACCGAUCUCUUCUACAGAUUCCCGUUACCACGACUUCAGUAUAUGUACUGGCAUAAUAAUCAUCUAAGAUCAUUGAAUUUUACAGUUUUGAAGCCGUUGGUGAGUCUGGAAAGCAUCGGUCUUUCUGUCAAUUCUAUUUCGACCAUACAAUCCGAUUUCAUGUGUAGGCUUGAAAAGCUAGUUAUUGUUAAUAACGCUAUAGACGAGUUUCCAGUAACAUGUAGUCCUAAUGGGACUUCCUAUUUCCCGAGGUUGACGAACCUGUUUCUCAAAGACAACCUUAUCCACACUCUCACGACACCGAUCUGCUUACCCAAACUGACAAUGCUGCAGCUCAGUGGAAAUCGCUUUGACUCUUUGUACACUGAUAUGUUCAAUAGCCAAACGUUUCCCAGUUUGGUAGAACUCUAUUUGAAGUCGAUGGCAGAACGUAUACACGAAAUACAGAAAAAUGCUUUCAAUAAUACUUCACUCGAAAGAAUAUCAUUGCUGUACAAUGGUAUAAAAUUCAGAGACGAAAGUGUUCAUGCUGACAGUUUCAUUGGUUGUCCCAAAAUCAGAAAUCUUGCACUGAAUGAUAAUGACUUUAGCGAUGUGGACGACAAACGAUUCCUGCAGCUGUUUGGACACUUGACGAAGCUGGUUGGCUUGUUCAUGGGUAAUUCUUUUGUGCAACAAGUGACGCUCAACACGUUCUCUAAGUUUAGAAAUUUACAGAGACUACACCUGUACGGAAACGAAUUACACACACUUCCGAAUGGCGUGUUUGAUAAAAACAAUCUGGAGGAGUUAAUUUUGCGUGCCAACCGUUUGAGUGAAAUAUCACCAUCGACUUUCGACAACAACACCAUUGCAAGACUAAAAUCUCUCGACCUUAGCGACAAUCUGUUCUCUUGCUCUUGUGAACUAAGGUGGUUCCGUGACUGGAUGGUAACGCAGCCUUCGGUAUUUGCUAAGUCACAAGGCAAAUACGUGUGCUCUGAUAGACAGAACGUGACAGUCAUGUCAUUCUACUUACCUGAUCAGGCGUGUCUGAUGACUACUGAUGUCUACAAAUUCAUUAUAGCCAGCGUGGGAGUAAUCAGCUUUGUUCUCACGUUGUUAUCCUCGCUGUAUCGCUACCGCUGGCACAUUCGUCUCGUUCUGUACGAGACAUUUCGAGACAGGUCUGGCGAGAGAAGGAGACGUCUGCAGGAUCAGGUGUACAACUAUGACGUCUUUGUGUCGUACGCCGCGGAAGACUUGCGGUGGGUGCAGACGAGACUGAUGCCGGAAGUGGAGCAGCGACUGGGAUUGCGGCUGUGUGUGCAUCAACGUGACUUCCUUGCGGGCAAGAACAUCGUCGACAACAUCGUGGACAGCAUCAACGACAGCAAGAAGAUUCUGAUGGUGUUCUCCACUAACUUUGCUCGCAGUCACUGGUGUCAGUUCGAGCUGGCGUUCUGUCUCCGUCACGUUAUGGAAAAUGAAGAUAACCUGAUCAUCGUGUGUUUGGAGGACAUUUUGUCACGUGAUCUGACGAGCGUGAUGAUGGCGGUACUGAAGACUAACACGUACAUUCAGUGGCAAAACCAGCCAGAUGCUGCAGCCUCGUUCUGGGGACGUCUUGAGAUUGCCCUGCAGGAAAUUCUUCCUAGACCUGCUUAGCGAUACACUGUAACGCAUUUGAGAGAAAUUGCCUCUUUAUUUGAACGACUUGUCCUUGUUGCAAUCCACAUUUUAUAGAAACUACUUUUUCGCUUUAACGACUUGUCCUCGUUGCUAACCACAUGUUGAAGAAGAAAGUGAAACUUCAGCGGUACUUAUAUAUAUAAACACUCUAGACUAGUUAUCUUGCCAACAUCUGUUUCAGGCAUGUUUUUGCCGAAGUAGUCAGAGAUCACAAUCAUUAUCGGCCAUUGCCAACACAACAGGUGGGAGUGUGCAGCGGAUGGACAAAACAAGAGGCAAAAUUAGUGGAUUUGAGGGAUAAAUAAUAUUGAGAAAAUUCACUGAACUAGAACUGGUAGCGAGAGAACGAGUCUGGAAUGUAUUUAUGUCUUCACAUUGUUGCUCCCUUUUUAUUCUUUAGUUUCAUUGAUGCAUUUUUGUACAUUAAUUUUCUGGAAAAUGUUGUAUGCUAUGUUUAGCAAGACGCGAUAUUGUGUGUAAAUUCAUACAGAUGAAUGUACUCCGCUUACAUAAUCCUUCUGCUUACUAGCAAAUUGGCUUUUUCAUUUUUUCUGUUUUUUAUUUUCUCUCUUCCUCUCCAUCUCUCUAAUUCUUCUUUUUUUUCACUUUUUGUUUUCUCUCUUUCUCUUCCUCAAUAUCUCUCUAUAUAUAAACAUAAAGCCGGUCCCCUUAAACUUCUGAUGGAAAUAAUUGCAUGAAGAAAACAGUGUUCUACCAACAGGUUUUCUGGCUUUAUUGGCGUCUUUGUCUUUAAAUCUCAUUUUUUUCUUAUUGCUUUAUUUUCAAUAUACGUGUGAUUCCUUUGAUUACACCUCACAGCUCAGAGUGAGUAAGCUUGUCCGGGGCUUUGUUAAGCUGGUUCUGACUGGCUAAUUAACAACCUUAUGACAACGACGGACAUUUACACCAUCCACCUCUUGCAUGGCUAUGUGAGAUUUUGACAUGUGCAGUCUUUAAUUUAUUCUUUCCACGUUUGCUUUGUAUUUUUCUUACAUUCUUUUCUCUAAAAUAAUUUUUUAUGAUUUCAUUGUUAGAGAAACGCUUUUCUUGGCAAUUAUUGUAAACAAUGCUAGCGAAGGUUCAAAAUAAUUCGAAAAACUAUAAUUACUAACUUUAUUUAGAGUACGUGCAAAAUAUGGCUGCCUCUUGCAAAAAUGUGUGUGUACUCGCGACCUUGGUGUGUAUGCAGACUGGGUGUGGAAGGGAAGGGAUAGAGGGGACCGCCCCGUCGUGCUAGAGUGGUGGUAAAAGAGUUGAAAUGACCCUGGAGUGAUUUGAAGUAUUACCAAAUUUUCACUAGAUUUCACAUUUAAACUAGAAUUAGGUCCUGCACUGUUGAUUUUCUUGGAUCCGGAAACAAAGUCGCUGCUAGUGCAGGUCCAGAUAUUUACAGUUGGUGUGCGUGAGACAACUAUUUGUCAUGGAGACUCCUAGUUCUACUGGAUGGCAGCUCUAACACAUGGACACACAUGGACACACUGACGUACAUCCUGUGUCCAAGAGAGAUAAUUGAUUGUCGUAAAAACUACUUUUACAGGAUGGCAGCUCUCACAAAGUGUCACAGACGCAACAUCCACCCUUUAGAAACCUUUGUUAAGUUCGAUGGACUAAACUCACAGGCUGCCCGGCUGCUGAACAAGCUGCUGAUGUUUAUGCUUUAUUUUAUGUUCAUGUGGAAGUUACAGGGAGUUAGAUUAGUACUCAUUAGUGUGGGAUUAGGUUUUGUACAGAAGUUAUUAGUUAGAAAGUAGUUUUUAUUCUGUAAAUAAAACCAUUUAAAUUUACACACAUCAGUGUUCACACGAAUUUUGAUGUCUUACGUUUGUCCCGAUCUGAAUGAAUGAGAAUAUGGCAGUUGAAUAUAG